CGCUGCUGUGGCUGUAGAAGGGGAUCCCAGUGGCACGUUGCCGCUAUUAGAAGAUCAGGCGCUUGCAAGACCAAACAGAGAAUUAUAUUCUCACUUACAUUUUUUUUGCGCUGCAGCAUCCACAAAAGGGGUGCAAUGUGGUAGAUCAUGUAGACCGAGUUCUUUUUUUAAUUUACUUUAGUUUUUAUUUUUUUACUUUGCGGGAUAAAAACUAUAUCUUGUCCUGCGGCAUUUCAUUCAUAUCUUUUGUGAUCAAGUGCGAACUUUGUAAACUCUCUGAAAUUAUAUAACGCCGAACAUAUAGCGCAGAAAUCACCAUGAGUGAGCAGAGUAUCUGUCAGGCGCGGGCUGCCGUCAUGGUAUAUGACGACGCCAAUAAGAAGUGGGUUCCGGCUGGUGGAUCCACAGGCUUUAGUCGAGUCCACAUCUACCACCACACUGGCAACAACGCCUUCAGAGUAGUGGGCCGAAAAAUUCAGGACCACCAGGUGGUAAUAAACUGUGCCAUUCCCAAGGGGCUGAAGUACAACCAGGCCACACAAACGUUUCACCAGUGGCGAGAUGCACGGCAGGUGUACGGCCUUAACUUUGGCAGCAAAGAGGAUGCCAAUGUAUUUGCCAGUGCCAUGAUGCAUGCCCUGGAGGUGCUGAACUCUCAGGAUGCAGGCCCCCCGAUGCCAAGACAGACCCCUCAGGUGCAGAAUGGCCCAUCACCAGAGGAGCUGGAGGUGCAGAGAAGGCAGAUGCAAGAGCUCCAGCGUCAGAAGGAGCAAGAGAGGGAACGACUGGAGCGAGAGAGGCUAGAACGAGAACGCCAGGAACGAGAGAUGCUGGAACGGGAGCGCGCUGAAAGGGAACGUCAGGAGCGGGAGCGUCAGGAACGAGAGCGACUGGAGAGGGAGCGACUGGAAAGGGAGCGUGCCGAGCAGGAACAUCUGGAGCGCCUGGAGCGUGAGCGUCAAGAGCAAGAGCAGCUGGAGCGAGAACGCCAGGAACGGGAGCGCGCCGAGCGGGAACUGAUGGAGAGAGAGCGUGCCGAGAGAGAGAAGCAAGAAAGGGAGCAUCAAGAGCAGCUGGACAGAGAGCAGAUGGACUGGGAGAGAGGGAGACGCAUCUCCAACGCCGCAUUUGAAAGCUCCCUCUACACUCCUCCACCUCCAGAAUACAACAAGACCACCUCCUCCUCACCUGUGUCUCCUUCCACCCCCAGCUACCCACCCCCAACGCCAUCGCCCUCCACAGCCGCUCCUCCAACCCCGCCCCUGCGCCACUCUGCCUCCCGAUUCGCCACGUCGCUUGGCUCCGCCUUCCACCCGGUCUUGCCUCAUUACGCCACUGUACCUCGCAGACAACACGCACCGCCAACGCCACCGCCCCAUGCCCCAGCUCCUCCUUUAGCUCCGGCCUCAAAAUCCGUAGUCUGGACAGCUAACAACUUCACACCCCUACCGCCCUCACCUCCGGUCAUGAUCAGCAGCCCUCCAGGCAAGGCCACAGGUCCUCGCCCGAUGAUUGCGAUCCCGGCCCCUAGUCCGCUCUCCCAGAAACCACCCUCACCCAUCUCUGCGCCCAACGGGCCACCCACUUCUCUUCACUUCCAUGUUUCAUCACCUGUCUCGGGUCAGCCGUUCUCUUUGCCCCCGACGCCACCCCCUCCGCCGCCCCUAUAUUCCCCCUCGCCCACCUUGCCCAUCGCUCCCCUUGUGUCUUGUCCCUCACCCCAGCCUGCUGUUCUCCCUUCUCCUUCCACAGCCUUCCCCGCCUCUGCUGAGCACUCUGUAAACUCUGGUUUGGGAGACUCCUGCUCCUCUGCUCCAGAGCUGCCCACUCAGCCUGCUGACUUCCCCAGCCAGCCGGAUUCAGUACAGGGGAUACCAACCCCUCCACCCCCACCACCUCUCCCUCCCGGCUCCACUGUGACUCCCACCACUGCUGGACCUCCACCACCCCCUGGUCCCCCUCCUCCUCCCCCACCACCUCUGCCCCCAACGCUUACCCCAACAGGUCCUCCCCCUCCCCCCGGGCCACCGCCUCUACCCUCAGGCCAGGCACCACCGCCAGUACCACCUCCACCCCCGGCCCCACCUUUGCCCUCGGGUCUGUUCACCCCCUCGCCCACCACAGAGGAGAACAAGGGCCUGUCUGGGUUCGCAGCUGCCCUUGCUGGAGCCAAGCUAAAGAAAGUGCCAAGGAGUGAUGAGCCCCUGGCUCCAGCUCCAGGAUCAGCGGUGAGUUCUGGUGGUGCCAAGCCCGAGGCAUCGCGUGGAAAUGGCCCUUUACCCGGAGGAGGAGGUCUGAUGGAGGAGAUGAGCGCCCUGCUGGCCAGGAGGAGAAGAAUUGCUGAGAAGGGAUCAUCACCAGAGCCCGAGCAGAAAGCUGAUGAUAUUGAGGCUACCAUAACUCCAAAAGUGUCAGCCUGUAGCACACCAGAUAUGCCCAGAAAGCCUUGGGAGAGGACAAACACCAUGAAUGGUAGCAAAUCACCAGUCAUUGGAAGACGGGAUGCACCAUGGAGAAAUCAGAUGGGUACUGACAAGUACUAUGAUUCCUUAAACAGACCAAGGUCUACACCAACUCCUACCGGAUCCAUAAGUGCCAAUGGGGUGCCAACAGAAGCUCUUGACUACGACAGAUUGAAACAGGACAUUCUAGAGGAGAUGAGGAAGGAACUAUCAAAGCUGAAAGAAGAACUUAUUGAUGCAAUCAGGGAGGAGUUGGGCAAGUCAAACUCUGCAUAGGAGAAUGAGAUGCACCUGUAUUUUUUUAACCACAAUCUGUCACUUCAGAGGUCAGCUUCAGUUUAAGACACUUUCUCUAAAGCAAUGAAAAUGGAAAAUUACAGUUUUAACCAGUGGUGAUCACAAUAACCAUGAUAAUUCGAAGGAUAUGUUGAGUAUGAUGCCGGGACAGACAUUGGUUUUGAGCGUGGGGGCACAGGAGGCGUAACAGCCAGAGGAUAACCAGACACCUCAAAGCGACGUCAUACACCAAAAGCCCCGUCUUGAAGGGGGUCAGGACACAGUCUUGAGGAAGUGACUGUCAGUAUGCAAUGGAUGACUCUUACUGUGGAAAGAUAAUGAUGAAAAAAGACAAACUAUUACUGAAUUACAUACUGUAUUAACCAUAGAAGAGUGAAAUUGUAAAUCAAGCAGAUGACAUUCAUUCUACGGCACAUCGUUUAGCAAAGGGCAGGCUUUGUUUAUGAAUUGAAAAAGUGGUGUUGGUGGUGAAAAUAACGUUAAUGAAGUUGGCCUUGUAUAGAGCAAAACCUUGAAUCUGGCCAACCAAAUGAGUAUGGUCUCUUGCUGCAGGACACUAAAGCUUGUCUUCCUACUAUUUUAACCAGAAUAUGUACAUUAAAAUGAUGACAACAAAAUAAACAUUAUACCUGCAAGUCAUUCAGUCAAUGUAUGCCAUGACCACAUCAGGUAGCUCACUUGCUCUUUUGGCCGGUUUUCAUUCUUCUUUUCGAACGUGAAUGCUCAACAGGCUGUCUCUAACAGUGAGCCACUGUUACUGUAUCUGUAUACCUUCGUCUUGUGUGUUCGCUAAGUGUUCGGAAAGAUCACGAAGGACAAUGCCUUUCUACUGUACAUCAUUGUAGCUCUCUACCAAAAUCCUCUCAGCCAAUCGAAGUUAAGGUUGACGUCAAGGUCAACUCAGACCGUAUCUGUAGAUAGUGCUAACCAGAAAUACUAUGAACUUUUUAUUCACCGUAGGCUCUUUUCAUAUUUCAGUGCAUGUCGUCUUAUGAUUGGUAAGGGAAAAAUGGUUGCCACGAAAAAUACUUUAGUUUUCUGUUCAUAAGCAAUAAGUGUAGCAUUGUUGCAUUUUUUUUUUUGUCUCUCUCUCUCUCUCUCCAUUUUUUCCUUUGUCCACUCUGACGUUCUCCAUACGUAUUCUCAAAAUGCAGUUCGCAACGGACACCUCUUUAUAGCCAUAAUAAAUUUGCAGGGGUUUGACAUCUUGCAACAUUUUACUUUAUUUUGGGAUGCGAAAGAUCAUUUAUUUUGCAUGGGCUAUUUACCAAUCAACUAAACAAGUCUGGAGUAUCUAAUGAGGGCCAAGCAGCACAUCACCGCUUUUUUGAAUGGUUUUGGGAUUUUUAUUUUUCGGUCGUUUAUCAUUAAACCUCUUUCUACACACUGGAAGGCACUCGGCUGUGCUUUUCAAAGGGGCUUUAACUUCCAACACUGUUUUAUUGGGGAACUAUAUUGGGAAGUAUGCUUUUUAAGGCCAUAUGAAGUGUGAAUAUAGGCUGUGCGAAUUUGGAGGAGAUGACCGAGAACAUGAAUUUGAGACGUUCUCUCCGAUCAGAUUUUUCCUCUGUUAUCCAUUUCCCCCCGCCAUGCUCACUUGUCAGUCCUUUGUCAUUUCUUUUCAUUUCAAAACCAUCACUCGAAAUAAUCUCUCAAGGAAUCCGAAAGUUUGUAUAGAGUGUUUACAGCAUUGAUUGCACUUUAAAAACCCGUAGAAAUUCAAAUGAUUCUCUUGCUGACAAGACGGCCGUCACUUUGUGAUUGGCACUAUCACCAAAGCUAAACUAUAAUCUCUAGAACGUCACAAUCUCCUGAUCCACCUUUGUUUUGACAACAAAUAAUUCUUGUUGAUUGGUCUUUAGGUGAAGCAGGUGAAAUGUUUUGAUCAGGGUUGAUUCAUUCCUGGAUAAACCUGUUUGUGAACUUCAUGGUUUGUGCCUUGUUUGGAAGUUGCAUUUGAUAUGUCAAACAUUUAAAAGCGUAUAUAUAGAGAGUAUUAAUUUAGGGCCUGCCAUAAAUUUAAUCAUUUGUUUUGCAUUUUGCUUCAGUGAGUUGCAAAGGAUGCUUUUACGAUCUUUGUUUAAAAUCAAACAUGCAUUCACAUUCUUCUCAGUGUCAUUUUUCUGUUGCAUUACAGUGUGGUUUGUGUUCUGGUUAAGACCAUGUAUGCUGGCGAAAUCUGAAAAACUGAUCUUUGUCCUUGUGGAAAUCAGUUGAACAAUCUUUGCAAAAGGUUCAUGGAGUUGUAAGCACAUGGAGACUCGAUUAUGAGCAGAAUUUGAUGCUUGGAUUCAACUGAAUGUCCUUGUAAUGCAAUUUUCAGUUUGCUUAUCUUUCUAUUUUAUCAUUCAUGUUGUACCAUACUGUUUUCAUGUUAAUUAGAAGUUUCUUACAUGCUAACAUUGUUUUGUUUGAGCAAAUUAAAUAAAAAAUUGCAAUACA